CAAGCUGCACAAGAUUGUUGCAAUGCUUCCUCACGAUUCAGGAAGAGCUCCGCGGGCGAAGCUCCAGGCGUGUCCCCAUCCGUACUAGGGCGAUCGCCCAAACUUUUGACCUUCCGCCGAGCUCCUCCACCCGCCAGGCCCAUCUCCAGACGAACCGAAGGCGCUGUCGCGACCUUACGCAUUUCUUCCACGAACAACAUCAUGUCUGGCUCACCGCGGGAUCAAUGGGAGCGACUCCAGCUCAUGCUGCAGAACCGCGGCAACCGGGGUGGCUUCGGUGGCUUUGGGGGCUUCCCAAGCGGAGGUGGUAGAGGCGCAUUUGGCGGCCUUGGAGCAGUUGUCCUGAUCGUGGCAGGAGGAUAUGCGCUAUCGAAUUCUAUCUUCAACGUCGAUGGUGGUCACCGGGCCAUCAAGUACACUAGAAUAGGUGGAGUGAAGAAGGAAAUCUACAAUGAAGGAACUCAUUUCAAGAUUCCUUGGUUCGAGACUCCCAUCGACUACGAUGUCCGCGCAAAGCCUCGCAACGUUGCAUCCCUCACUGGAACCAAGGACCUCCAGAUGGUUAAUAUCACCUGCCGUGUCCUGUCGAGACCACGAAUCGAAGCCCUUCCUCAGAUUUACCGAACCCUCGGACAGGAUUAUGAUGAAAGAGUCCUCCCGUCCAUCGUUAACGAGGUGCUGAAGAGCGUUGUCGCUCAAUUCAACGCCAGUCAGCUGAUCACUCAGCGUGAGAAUGUUGCCAGACUCGUUCGCGACAACCUUGCCAGAAGAGCUGCUCGCUUCAACAUUACUCUGGAUGAUGUCUCCCUUACGCACCUUGCCUUCUCCCCCGAGUUUACGGCUGCUGUUGAAGCCAAGCAGGUCGCCCAGCAAGAGGCCCAGAGAGCUGCUUUCAUUGUCGACAAGGCCCGCCAAGAGAAGCAGGCUACUAUCGUCCGCGCACAGGGUGAGGCUCGCUCUGCAGAGCUGAUCGGAGAUGCGAUCAAGAAGAGCAAGAGUUACAUUGAGCUCCGACAGAUCGAGAACGCAAGGAACAUUGCUCAGAUCCUCCAGGAAGCCGGUGGCAAGAACAAGCUCUACUUGGAUUCCCAGGGUCUGGGUCUGAACCUGAACGCCGAGGGCAACGGUGAGAAGAAAUAAACCGUCCUGGCUGUGGACUGGAAGCCCUAGCGAGUAUGCAGGGGCCUUUAUGCUGAAGUGUGAACGAUAGCUUGUAGCAAUGGGCUUGGUUCUAUUCAAAGGUGAUAUUCAUCACUUGGCGUGAUCAGCACCUGUUUCAUUUAAUUGGUGACCAUGUGGGGUGCGAACAAGGCAAGGAACAGUGUACAAAUAGCGAUGCAAGUAUUUUCUCAAAAAUAAGUCAAAAGGCUUUUUCUCUUCUCCGAAGACGUCCCAUAAUGACAAUCCCUG